AUGGGCCAGGUGGCGGGUCGGGGCCUCUGUGACAGCCUGGGGUCUUCGGGAGGCGGGUCUGGAGCCGCCUUGACCCCGAAGCGCCUCCUUUCAGAGCGCAGCCCUGAUAAGACGGCCACCAAGGCCACCAAUGUGGGCGGGACUAGCGGGGAGGAAAGGGCAGGGACAUGGGCCAACCAGAUUGGUAGUCGCUCUUCUAAAACUUUUAAACCAAAGAAGAAUAUUCCAGAAGGUUCUCACCAGUAUGAACUCUUAAAACACGCAGAAGCCACACUUGGCAGUGGCAACCUCCGGAUGGCUGUCAUGCUUCCUGAAGGGGAGGAUCUAAAUGAGUGGGUCGCAGUCAACACUGUGGAUUUCUUCAAUCAGAUCAACAUGCUGUAUGGAACCAUCACAGACUUCUGCACAGAAGAGAGCUGUCCUGUGAUGUCAGCCGGCCCCAAAUAUGAGUAUCACUGGGCAGAUGGAACAAACAUAAAGAAGCCUAUUAAGUGCUCUGCACCAAAGUACAUUGAUUACCUGAUGACUUGGGUUCAGGAUCAGUUGGAUGAUGAGACCUUAUUUCCAUCAAAAAUUGGUGUCCCAUUUCCGAAGAAUUUCAUGUCUGUGGCAAAAACUAUCCUGAAGCGCCUCUUCAGGGUUUAUGCUCACAUUUAUCAUCAGCACUUCGACCCUGUGAUUCAGCUGCAGGAGGAAGCGCAUCUCAAUACAUCUUUCAAGCACUUUAUUUUUUUUGUCCAGGAAUUCAACCUUAUUGAUAGAAGAGAACUCGCACCACUCCAGGAACUGAUUGAAAAACUCACCUCAAAGGACAGAUGAGGGACACAGAGCAGUGGAGAUCGUUCCUCAAAUGAUGCCCUGUGCAGUGUCUUUGGGGUUCUGUUGUAUUUUGUUUUUAUCUGGAUUGUUUCUGUCUUAGGUUUGGGGCUUGUUUGGGUUCCUUCUUCUUUAUUCUGAAUGUAUAAAACCAUUUUCUGUUGCCAGAGAAAGCAAGAACGUUCUCUAUACAUUUGAUUGGGGUAAAUUUUGUCUUAGUAGCAUUUGGUAUUUUAUUUUUUUAACUUGGUUUUGGUUACUUGAGGAGUUUUUAAAUAAUAGUGUGUGCUGAACAGAAAUGCUUAUUGAUUGAACUGCCAAUGGAUGGAGUUCUGUGUUAUGUAAAUUGUGGCCCAUUUUGAAGUCCCCAAAAGACUUAUGUUUUUAAGUGCCUUGGUAGGCUCACUUCUGAGGUACAAAGCACAGAUAACAGUAUAGAACUGAACAGGGCUCGAAACAAUAUUAGGAUUACUUCCCAGGGCACUUACUGGUGCAUGUUGUAAAAUAUCUGUGACAAAAGCCAUAGUUUACCUAAAUUGAUGAUCUCCAGCUUUUACUACUUUGAAGAAAUAGAAUUUAUAAGGACAUGCAUGUAGAACAUAAAAACACAGUAUUUCUUAAUUAUUUUUUAUAUUGACAGUAGUAUGUUCUGUUCAACAAGUGCUUUAAGUUCUUUUUUCAUCUCCUGAUAUCUGUGAUACUGAGAUGUGAGGAUAUUGAAAUGUAAUACGCAUUUUGGCUUUUUCCACAUGUUAACUGCACUGUAGGUGAAGAAUUCAGGUCAUAUAUAGGAUUGCCGUCCUCAGAGGUGAUGCUGAACUGUGAGGUUUCUCAGCAGUUGCCAAAUGAGCCAUAAGUCUGCAGAAGCCCCUUCUCCUUUGAAGAGGAGGGGAUAGAAGUGUGUGUGGUUGGGGGUGGGUGAGGGAAGGGAAAUUAAGUUUGGAAAGUCAAGUUCUAGAAAGUCCUGUCUUAAAACCCUUGAGUAGAAUGGUGUGAAGUAUUAGUCAAUUACUUAUAAACAAGUCUUAGAGACUUCUUUUUAGGAAGCAACUUCCAUGAGAAGUUAAAAAUAAAUUAAUAAUUUUAAGUAUAGACAUUAAAGAUAGAAUAUAAGGACUGUUUGGGGGAAAUUGAUCACUUUUUAACAUUUCCAUUCAGUGAAUGGAGCUGAUGUUUGGCUAUCAUUUUAAAAUGAUACAGUACCUUCUUUACUUAUCCUAGGCCUAAUUUGAAGCAUU